AACGGGAGUGCCCUACUCGGAGCGGAUCACCCCGCCAGCUGUGCGGCGCCGACCGGCGGCGGCCUCGUCCCGCCCGAAGCGGGCGGCGCAGGCGCUGGGCUCCAGCCGCGUGUCGGCUCCCCGCUGCGUGCUCAGCCGCGCAGCGUUGGAGAGCGCCCGACGCGACGACGGGCGCCGCGCACGUUCUCGCCAGCGCCCGCGCGAGGGCGUGGCAGGAGCCCCGGGGCAGUCGUUGCUGGAGCGGAGCGUUGCGCGGCCGGCCCAGCAGGUGCGGUACCGCGAGAUGGCCCAGACCUUCACCGAGUGGACCGUCGCCUUGCAGCUCCCGGUGAUGGACCGUGCGUCCGCACUGCUGGCCGCGCUCAUGUUCUGCGACCCUCGGGUUGCGCGCCGGACCCCGGAGCUCCCGAGGGCCCGCCGAGCGCUGAGGGGGUUUGGAAAGCUCGCGCCGUCGCGCGCUCGCCUCCCGCCUCCCUGGACUGUGACCGCACUGAUCAUCGCCAAGCUGCUGGCCCUCGGCCUGAUCGAGGCGGCCUGGAUGACGCUCCUGAAUUUCGUGUUCUACUGCCGCCCGUCGGAGCUGCUGCGGCUGCGCCGCCGGGACCUGGUCGCGCCACCGCGCGGCUGCCCGGUCGCCCUGCGGAAGUGGAGCACCCUGCUCAACCCGAUCGAAGGCGGGGUGCCCAGCAAGACCGCCGUCUUCGACGAGAGCUUGCUGCGCGACAGCGUGGAGUUCGGGUGGGUCAGCCGGGUCCUCGAGGCGAUCGCGAGCCGCGGCGAUCCCGACGAUCUGAUUGUCGGGCUGACCUACGGCCAGUGGUGCGCCCAGUUCCAGCAGGCCGUGAACGCGCUCCCGCUGUCCGCCCUGGCGCCCAUCUCGCUGUGCCAGCUGCGGCGCGGGGGCGCCAGCCACGGGAUCCUCAGCGGCGGGCGGGACACUACGGGCGCGAAGAAGCGCGGCCGAUGGCAGUCGGACGCGUCCCUCCGCUGGCACGUCAAGGCUGGCCGGCUGAACGAGCAGCUGCGGCGCCUCGACGUGCCCACGUAG